CAGAAAACCGGUCGAGACUCCGGCAACUACGAUUGGUGUGAAUGCCCCCACGUCUUGCCAAGAAUGGGGCUGAUCGGCGCCACGCUAAUGCCGAACCCGUUGAAUGAUUUCGCUUGGACCUUCUGUCAACCUUGUGACACUACUCGAGCUUGUCGAGGUCCCCACAAGAACCCGAUAGUGCUCGAUAACGCAAUGACAUGAACAUCUCGGGCUUGGAGAACGCGGGGAAUCGACCCGCCAGCCAAUCCACACCUCUGGAUCCACGCGAUAACCGAAAAGUAUGGCCUUGUCGGUUAAUUCAGGCUGAAUUAUCUUUACGGCCUAGUCCUUCCAGGUUAUCGCUCCAAAGGGGUGCCUCGACCCCGGCAUUGGCGUACGGUUUCCGCCUGGACCUUCUGUCAACCUCAACGUCGGGAUGAAUCGACCCCAAUGUCUACAUGGCAACAAGGAUGUGAGGAGGGGAACAUUGGAGAACUCGGGGGUAUCCUCCUCUCCUUCUCCCUUCAACUGACCACGAGACUCUGGAGAUAAGGUUAGCGUGGAGAUGUUCGGAAAAGAUAGACAUUGCACGUAUCGGAUCUCGCAAGUCUAUAUAAACAACCGCCCAGGUAACCUAGUCCCAUAGUCUUCUCCUCGCUCUAACGCAUGAGAACUCCAAUAUCCCUCACCAUGGCCGAAUCAAAACCCAAAGAUCUCCCUUCCCACGAGGUCCACGAGGGCUCCAUUCUAGACUCGCCAAGCAAUGUCACAGUUCUCGCCCACGGUGUAGAUAUGGACCAUUAUCGAGCGACAGUUCCCCGGUGGAAGCGAGUGUGGCAGCACAGUCUGACGCAAAUGAUGCUGCUCAGCGUCCAGGCCUUUUGUGGCCCUGCCAUGGCCGACGCGAUUACUGGUCUGGGCGGUGGUGGUCUUGCAACUCCACGAGUAUCAAAUAUUACCAAUGCGAUCACGUACGCAAUGCUUGCUACCUUCUGCUUCUUUGGCGGUCCAAUCGUGAACAAGAUCGGAGUCAAGUGGGCGCUUGUCAUUGGUGCUGCGACGUUCCCUAUUGAGGGCUCGGCUUACUACUGCAACAGCAAAUAUGGAAACCAAUGGUACCUCAUUUUCAGUGGUGCCAUUAGCGGAAUCGGAACAGCUUGUUGGUAUGUCGCCGAAGCUGGAGCAAUCAUGACUUUGGCGCCCUCUGGUGCACGUGGAAAGUAUCUCGCCCUGUGGAUUGUGUCACGAAAUCUGGGACAGCUAGUUGGUGGUGCUAUCAAUUUAUCUAAGAACCACCUCAAGGGAGUGGAUGGCGGCGUGACUCCCGAUACAUAUCUUGCCUUUGUGAUCAUCGAGUGUCUUGCGCUGCCAUUUGCUUUGCUGAUCACCCCAUUUGAGCGGGUCGUUCGAUCCGACGGCACGAAGAUUGUUACUGCGGAGACUCUUUCCACCAAGAUGGAACUUCGGCGCAUCGUAAAGACUAUGAGUUCUAAGCUUGUCAUGUUCUCUGCACUAUGGGCGCUGUGGUCGUUCUUCUACGGCGGAACCUGGUCGACUUAUUUGGGAACUUACUUCUCCGUCCGAGCACGCGCCCUCUCAUCCCUCAUCUCGCCCUUCUUCUGCAUCGUCGGAUGCUUUGGCCUCGGUUUUAUCCUUGACAUGAAGCACCUCAGCCAACGCCGCCGGGCCCAGAUAGGCCUGUGGACCGUUGUCACCCUCAAUGUUUGCGUUUAUAUUUGGUCGAUCAUCAUGCAGGCCAAGUUCAACCACCAUAACCCUGGCCAUAUCGAUUGGGAAGAUGCACUGUACCCAUCAUCGUUCCUGCCUUAUUUCUUCGUGCAGACAACGGGGCCCUUGUCUCAGUCAUACAUGUACUGGCUUAUCUCGUCUUUUGCAACGGAUGCUCAGGAAAACGUUCGAAAUGGCGCAGCAUUCAGAUCUAUCGAGGCUAUUGGUCAGGCUAUUGCUUACGGCAUGAAUACUCAGACAACCAGCAACCCAAUGGUCGGCUUCUGCGUGACAUUUGGAUUACUUGCUGCGGCUUUGGGUCCAAUGAUUUUGCUCGUGAAUACUACACCGGACCGAAUCCCCGCCGAUAUCAUUGCCGAGCAGCAGGACGCAGCUCGGGAGAAGAUCGAAAAUGUCUAAAUCAGACGCGCUUGAUAAAUGUGUAGGCAAAGAUGACUACCUAAAUUAGACAUGACGUUCUUAGAGGGGCCUAUUCUAAUUGAAUACACGAUCAAUCAUACCCCAUAAUUCAGCCACUGAUCUAUUGUGUCCUGAAAAAGCAACCCAAUUAUGAAAGCUUAAUGAAAUAUUAUUUGCUGGUCGCUAAAUAAGGGCGGCCUGAAAAUGUGAUUAUCUUCUAUCUCUCACCUUUUAGAGUCCAACUCCGUUUUACUAUAGAAUGCACAUCCAACCACCACAAGCACGAUUCCUGACACGGUCUGGAUGUUCAAGUUGAAGUCUCCGAGGAACAGAAUUCCCAGUAUCAAAGUCAAAGUCUGUCGGACGUUUCCCCAUACUGUGAUAGCGAGAGAGCCGGCAACCUUGUUUGCCUGGAAGGACGAGAUGUUCAGUAGCAGGGCUAACAGGCCGUUUCCUAGUAGUGAGAAGGCGGUUGACGUCACGGGGAACGUGGAUUCAUCGUUCGCGUCGGUGCGCCAGAGUGUGGAUGGGUCCAGAUUGGAAAGUUCACCGGCAUAUACUCCGAUGACUAUUGUCUGGAUCGAGGCGUAGAUCGACAUUCGGUAGAUGAGCUCCAAUGAGGGUAGAGCCAGGGAUCCAGUCAUCAGGCGGUUGGUGACAAUGAUCUAAUCCAGGGAUUUGUUAGAUUCCUCGUGAGACUAAUUCGCGAGGGCGAUCGCAAGUAGGAUGAGAGAGCGGAGAUUCUCGACAUACCUUCAAGACACCCAAGAGCACGCCGAUUACCGAGAUGAUCAGGCCGAAGACGGUGAAAUGGAAAUCUCCAGAGGCAGUAAGGCCGGCACCCAGCACGAUCGGCACAAGAGCAAUAUAAGUAGCUAGAUGGUAGGAGCGCGAGAAGAGAAGGCGCUCGAGAAGAACGGUAAAGAUGGGCGAGGUAUUCCGGAUGAUCUGGAAGAAUGCCAGGCUGACGAGGGACAAUGAAUAGUUGGAAAAGAAAAUAUUGACGCUGAAGAGCACCGAGUAUGCAAUCAAAACCAAGUGGUCGCGAUGAGAGAGUUUCGAUAACUUGAAAUAACCGAGUUUUAGGAGAAUGAAGGUACCUAUUCCGGAGAAUAUGCUGUGUAUGCCCGUUAAGAGCCACGGGCAUGGGAAC